UUCAGACACUCUUUUCCCCUUUCAUGUGCUCCCCACUUUAACUCCUCAGUCCUCACAUUCCCCACCAUUCUUAAUUUUCCAAUCCAUCCAUUUGAAUUUGCUAAUUAAAAACAUUUGAUAUUCACUAAUAUCAAAAAAUAGUUUAAUCAAAAAACAAUAAAUAAAUGUAUAGAUAAAUUAACAAAGAGAAAAUAAUUUAAAAAUCAUAAUAUUAAUUAAUAAAUAUGACAAUUAAAAUAGAAAUCAUAGCAAAUUAGUAUAAACUCAAUUUUUAUGAUUAAAACUUAAAACUCAAAAAUAAAAUACACUUUAUACAUUAUUAUCAUAUCCCGUGUAUUUCAAUAAGAAUUAUAACCAGGGUCUAAACUCUGAAUAGCGGAGGAAGAUGAUGAUCAAUACGAUCAUAUCCAUAAAUGAAAAUCCGGCCCAAGAGUUUCUCCGCUCAAUAACCACCCUUAGGAAUGGAGUAAGGAUUUGACUAAUUUUCUUUAUUUAGUCUUUAACUAUAUAUAUUUUCCAACCUUGAGAUAAUUCAAACUUUCAAAACAACAACACAAAGAUUCAUUUUUUGUACUUAAUAUCUUCACAAAUGCAAGAAAAAUCUUCUUCUUCUUUGUCAUCUAAGUGGGUUAUCACUUAUUCAUCAAAACUCCAAUUCUUUCUCAAAAUACUUCGUUUUUUCCUCCUACCCAAAAAAGCCACCAAAAAAUUACCUUUUCCUUAUACCUCUAAUCAGCAUAAAACUGAAUCAAUAGAUACAAAAACAGAGGAUAUGUUGCAGAGAAAAACAGAGCAUAUUCAUCAGGUAAAAACAGAGGAAAAUACUCAUCAAUCCAAAAGACCCACCAAAAAUUUUCCUUUCACAUGUGAUUUUAAUGAUCAUAAGACUCAAUUAAUGGAUACAAAAACAGAAAAAAUGGAGAAAAUUGAGGGAGCUAAUAAUGAAAAAAUGGUCUUACAGAGAGCAGUAAAACAGAUUUUGUUUGGGAAAUGGGAAGAGAAAGAAAAUGGUAUUAGGGAAAUUAAGCGUUUUGCUUCUGAAGAUGUUAAGAUUACAAAGAGUUUAGCUGAAUUAGGUGUUAUUCCUCCUCUUGUUUCAAUGCUUGAUUCCGACGCUUUUUUUCGCCGCCAUUUGGUUGUUCAAGUCUUGACGCAAUUUUCCGACGCUUCCUUUACGAAUAAGGCCUUAAUAUUAGAGGCAGGAAUCCUAUCAAAACUACCAACAAAUAUUGAAGACAUAGAUUCACCCUUGAUAAAUGAUCUUUCCCAACUAAUCUUGUCAAUAUCAUCACUAUUCAAUACACAAUUCCCUUUCAAUCAUACUCAAUCCAAACUCAUAUCCUUCCUACUCGACACUAUCCAAUCAAAUACAACCAAUAUAAAAGCCAAAGAAUCAUGUCUUGCCACCCUAUACAACCUCUCAAAAGUCUUGGAAAACACAGGACCGUUGAUCUCAAAUCAAGUGGUGCACAUUCUCUUAAGCAUACUAUCUUCAUCUAUGGCCAAAAUUUCAGAACAUGCCCUAGCCAUAUUGGGUAACUUAGUAGUAACUGUGAUGGGUAAAAAAGCAUUAGAAGAAAAUGAGGCAAUACCGGCGAGUUUGAUAGAUGUACUAACAUGGGAUGAUAAGUCUAAAUGUCAAGAAUUAUCAACAUAUGUAUUGACGAUUUUGGCUCACAAAAGCUCAAAACAAAGAGAUAAGAUGAAAAGAUUAGGAAUUGUGCAUAAUUUGCUUGAAGUUGCCUUGUUAGGGAGCCCUUUGGCUCAAAAAAGGGCCUUAAAAUUGCUACAAUGGUUCAAAGAUGAAAGAAAGGUAAGAGUGGUUGCACAUUCCGGGCCACAAACAAGGUUGAUUUCGAUGGGAUCGCCGAUGAGUGAUGGAGAGACUAAUGAAGGGAAGAGGUUGAUGAAAAAGAUGGUGAAACAAAGCUUGUAUAAGAAUAUGGAGGUGAUUACUAGAAGAGCUAAUGUUGCUUUGGAAAGUUCUAAGGUUAAGUCCUUGGUGAUUAGCUCAAGUUCUAAGAGCUUGCCUUACUGAAAAGAUAUCGAUGAGUUUGUUUGGAAAAUGUUUAUUGGUUGUAAUUAUUUUGACCAGCUAAAUUUAUUGACCGAUUUACUAGCUGUAAACCAGUUAUUAUAGUGAACUUUUUACCGAGAAACUUUAGAAUUGAAGACUGGCUAAAUGUGCACAUUAUUGAAAGAUUAGCUGAUCUCUCUUGCUCAGAGAAAGAACUAGUGGAUUAGAGUUUAUUUUGGAUGAAGAAUUUUUUGGUUGUAAAUUUUAUUUGUUGAUAUGAUCACAAGACUCGCAAUCAUUAAGUAUUGAUGUCAAUUCUAUAAAGGAUAAGUGCUUUACUUUUGGUUGUAAAAGUUGAUCCGACUCAUAAGAUUGUCUUAUAUUGACUCGUAACUUUAUGUGAAAUUAGACAACAAUUUACACCACUAAUCAAUAUAGUACACAACAGAACCUAGAUAGGUGAAGGCCCUUUAGAAUAGAACCGGCCUUGAUAUCGUAAGCACAAAAUAAUCUUGUGGUAGGCGGUAGGCCUCGCAAGAUAGCUUGAACGCAAGGGAGAUACCAUCCAAUAUGAGUAUGCUAAAUAUACCUAAAAG